AUGGCUCGUCGACUGUCCGAGAUGACCGAGGAAGCUAUGCUCGAAGGCGGUCGAUCCGCACGCAAGAAUCUCGAGUCGGCCGGGUUUUCGGAGGAGCUGAAGAAACAGCUGGAGGAACGGGUGGCGGCGGCGGCUUUCCAGAGCGAGUACGCGAGUGCGCAUGCUACAGUCAACACGCCGGCUAGCGCUGGACAAGGCACACGAGACAUCGCCGGUGGCGAGCCCUGGACCGGCACGGAAAACCUCCACGACGUCACCCUACGCAUGCUGGAUAGCUCGAUCAAACCGAUGCGCACGCCCUUCAAGAUCCCCAACCCCGUCGACAUGCGGAUAAAGCCCAAGCCCAACGAGUCGGCCGGCUUGCGGCUCGCCAGGGCGAAGGAGCGCACGGCAACAUACACUCAGGCGCAAAGCUCGGGGCCGUCGGAGGAAGAGCGCGAGGCGAUGCGUCGGGAGAUGAGGGAGCGGUUUUCGCCCGGGGCCAGGCCGAUGCCGGCCACGUUGCAAGGACUGACGGCGUUGGCGAAUGAGCGGAUCGAGGAUGCGAUCGCGCGCGGGCAAUUCAACAAGAUCAAAAGGGGCAAAGGGGUGAACGUGACUACUGAUCAUAAUGCGAAUAGUCCCUUUAUCGACACGACGGAGUACUUCAUGAACAAGAUCAUCCAGAAACAGGAGAUCGUGCCGCCUUGGAUUGAAAAGCAACAGGAUCUGGUGAGGGAGGUCGAUCGGUUCCGGUCCCGGCUGAGGGCUGAGUGGCGACGGCACGCUGCCCGACUGAUUGCCAGUGAGGGAGGGUCGCUGGAGGCGCAGAUGCGUCGGGCGCAGGCGUAUGCCGCGGCGGAGGCUCGCUUGGCCGAACGGGCCAAGAUCGAGCAAGCUUUUAGAGACCCCAGCAGCAGCAGCAGCGGGAGUAGCGGUGAAGAGCAGGACUCUUCCGAUGCGAGUACGACCGAAGCACUAGCCGACGAGAUUCCAGAGAAGGAGCCGUUGCCGCAUGUCUCGCCUCUGCGUGACCCGCAGUAUCUCAAUACCGAGCGCUCGUUCCUGGAACUCAUGGUUAAGAAUCUGAAUGCGCAAACACGGUCCUACAAUUUAAUGGCUCCACCGGUGGCGCAAAAGCCGUAUCUCAACCUCGAGCGGGAGCUGAACGCUUGUUAUACUGAAGUAGCUCCUGGUCUGGCGGAGGAGAUCAAACGACGAGCAAUUGAGCGGGCUCGAGGACCGGCUACGGACGAGCCCAAAGCGGCUAGCAUCCUAGAGUCUCUGAGUACCUCGAAUACGGUGCGGGUGUACGAAGAGGAUCACUCGAAGGGCUAUGGAUUUAAGCAGUUCUGGCGGGACCUCUUUGCCAAGAAAGAAUAG